AAAAUGGCGGACAUCAGAGGCACAAGAGGAGUGCAAGCGCCAGUGUUAUGGAAUGUUUCUUUGCAUUCUGUAAUGACAUUGUGCAUUUUUAUUCUCACAAUAAGAACAGUGUUGGCUGAAUUUAAAAACGAAGAUGUGUUCCGUGCAGGGAACUCGGUCACGUUAUCGACCGCAGCAGCAGCACGAGAUCUACGGUACCUGCUAUAUGAUGUGAAUCCCCCAGAAGGCUUUAACCUCCGCCGGGAUGUGUAUAUCCGCAUGGCGUCCCUCGUAAAAACACUGGGAAGGCAGGGGGACUGGGUGCUGGUGCUACCUCCCUGGGGUCGCCUCUACCACUGGCAAAGCCCCGACAUCCACCAGGUCCGCAUCCCCUGGGGCGAGUUCUUCAGCGUCACAAGCCUGCAGGCCAACGUGCCUGUCAUAGAGUAUGAGGAGUUCAUUGCUGAGUCUGGAGGCCCAUUUAUUGAUCAAGUCCUUGUGCUGCAGAACUAUGCUGAAGGCUGGACAGAUGGAAAGUGGGAGGAGAAAGUGGAUGAGCGGCCAUGCAUUGAUCGUUUAAUGUACUCGAAAGACAAGCAGGGCUAUUACAGAGGAUGGUACUGGGGAUAUGAAGAAACACGAGGUCUGAAUGUCACCUGUUUGUCAGCUCAGGGCCAUGCAUCUAUUCUGGCCCCACUCCUCCAUGACAACUUCACAGCAAUGUCAGUUAUGCUGGAUAGAGCAGAGACUGUUCUGCAUGACCACUAUGCUGGAAAGGAUUACUGGGAUACUCGCCGGAGCAUGGUUUUUGCAAAACACCUGAGACUAAUAGGGGAUGAAUUUAGAGCAAAGUACUUGAAUUCAACUGAUCAAACAGACCAAACUGUGUAUAAUGAGGACUGGACUCGAAUGAUGGCUAAGAUGGGUUCUGCUAGAGGUGGGCCAUACCUUGGGGUGCACCUCCGCAGGAAGGACUUCAUCUGGGGUCACAGAGAGGAUGUGCCCAGUCUCAAAGGAGCUGUCAAGAAUAUUAAUAUCUUGAUGAAGAAGCACAAACUUGAAAGAGUCUUUGUUGCCACGGACGCAGAUGAGGAAGAGCUGGAAGAGCUGACGAGGAUGCUGCCAGAGAUGGUGCGAUUUGAGCCUACCUGGGAGGACCUGGAGCUGCUUAAGGACGGAGGAGUGGCCAUCAUCGACCAAUGGAUCUGUGCACAUGCCAGGUUUUUCAUCGGAACUUCUGUAUCCACCUUCUCCUUCCGUAUCCAUGAGGAGAGAGAGAUUCUGGGCUUUGACCCUAAAACCACCUACAACCGCUUUUGUGGGGACAAUGAGACACACUGUGAACAGCCCACACACUGGAAGAUAGUAUAUUGAUGGAAAAUGUGACCCAUGACAUGUCUUUGUUUGAAAGUGCCAAAACCUGUAUUCAAAUUGACAUUUUGAUAUGUUUCAGAAAGUUUUUUAUUGCAGUUAUCGAAUAUUUUGGGAUCAUUUUAAUUGUUUUAAAAUGUUUUGUGAAAUCAGGCAUACAUUGACUAGUAUUAAGGCUUACCUCGAGAAGGGAAGACUAGGUGUAAAUCAGACUCAGAUUUUAAAGUUCAAACUUGGACAUCCAUUUCCAUAUUUUAUUGUGUUGCAUGCGUUAUCUAUUUUCUCUUCAAAUUGAAUAGUGUCAUUCACUUAAAGAUUAUUUACAGUCUGUAAAGAAAGGGUUGCAAACUGUCAUAAAGGGAUUAUUAUA